AUCCGUGUACGUGAAUGCACAAGGGUCGAUUUUAAGUACGUCGGAGGGUGUUGUUUUGGGGUUGUGGGCGUGGCCAACGUAUGCAAACGAUCCACGCCUCCGAGCGCCUUUCCCCCGUGAGCAGUGACGUGACGCGAGCGGCCCGUGUUGGUUCCAGCUGACAGGCGGAGGGAGAAAAGCGAAAACCGAGGAAAAAAAUGCGCGAGUGUGUAUGUGCGCGUGAAGGUGAGAGAGGGAGGGAGCGCGCGAGAGAGAGGAAAAUAAGAGCAAUCAUCUAGCUGGCUCUCUCCACUACUGGAUUUUAUUAUUUUUUCUUUCGGGGGGAAUCUCUUUAUUUCUCUUUAUUUCUAUCAUCGGAUCAUUUCGAUCAUUUCACCUCAGAUUUGAUGGAUUAUUCCGCCCGGGAGACUUCCCACCGCCGAUUCUUCAUAUUCUGCUGAUUCUAAUCAUCUUUCUUCUCUCAGUGCACGGGACUACAGUCAGACGCCUUCUUUUCUGUUUUUAUUAUUACUGUCACUGUUUGUUGCUUCUAUCUGGAGGGACAUUUUUAGGGAUUCUGUCAAGCUGACAGCCGAGCUGGACCGGUUUUGUUUCCACAAGCUCGAAGAGGACUUGGGUCAAUCGUUCAGAAGUGCGGCGGUGUUUGUUGCGUUCGAGAGGAACGCGGUGACAGCAACUCCAGAGGGAUGAAUUAAACCUGCUCAGCAUGCUGCCAUUUUGAAGAUAGACCCCCCCUCCACCCCCAACCCACCACCCUCAGUUUUUAAAUUUUAAUUUCUUUUUGCACAUUUUACAUGGGCCGAGGGAAAAGCGGGAUUUCAAGAGGAGAUCUCACGCACGCCUCACCUGUCUGCUCGCCUUUUUUACGGCACGCGCGUUAACUACAAUCUCUGAGUGGAUUAUUUUGAUCUUGAGCUCCAACUCUGCAGGUUGCUCCGCUCCACCUCCCUCCACCUACCCCCUCCACCUCCUCCUCCUCCUUCUUUUCCCUAGAAGUUAUGUCAAGGCCUCUCACGCAGCUCCUGCCGCCGGAUCUCCCUGCAGGGGCCACCAGUCCGCAGUUUGGGGCCAGCAACCCGGCUGGAAGUGGCCCCCAAGGCGGACACCUGACCUCCAUGACCAACCUGAAGUCUCUACUCCAGCUGCCAAUCAAGGCCGACCAGAGGGUCACCAAGGACUGCUGCGAGAUGAAGGACAAAGACAAGCCGCAGGACUCUGAUGAAGACUCGCUGGGCAUCAACAACGGAGGCCCCGGCGGGACGGGAGGGACCCCAGGAUCCGGUCCGCUGCGACCCAACUCCCAGUCGGCCUUCCUGGGGCCACUGCUGUGGGAAAGGACCCUUCCAUGCGACGGAGGCCUCUUCCAGCUGCAGUACAUGGAUCUGGAGGAGUUCCUGACUGAGAAUGGGAUGGGCAUGCAUAGUAACGGGCCCAGCUCAACCAGCGCCCAAAUACCCUCUCAGAGCUCCCAGUCUGCAGUGCCGAACCAAAGCUCCCAGUGUCCUCCCACAUCUCCUCCACCUUGCUCCUCCUCCUCCUCCUCAAUGUCUUCUUCAUCUUCCUCCUCCUCGCUCCUCGGAUUGGAGACCGUUCAGCCACAGGCCCCGCUGCCGCCACCUCAACAGCAGCAAGGCAUGAUGGGAGGUCCAGAGUUACUAAAUGGUGGGCAGUCAGUGCCCCAGGACCCCUCACCCACUUCCACCUGCCCUCCAGGGCCGCCGGGGCCUCCGGCUGGUGCCAACGGCAGCAGCGACGUCAUGGUGAACUUUGACCCUGACCCGGCAGACCUGGCACUGUCCAGCGUGCCAGGGCAGGAGGCGUUUGACCCACGGCGGCAUCGCUUCUCAGAGGACGAGCUGAAGCCUCAGCCGAUGAUCAAAAAGGCUCGCAAGAUGCUCGUCCCAGACGAACAGAAGGACGAGAAGUACUGGAGCCGGCGUUUGAAAAACAACGAGGCGGCCAAGCGCUCGCGAGACGCACGGCGACUGAAGGAGAACCAGAUCUCGGUGCGCGCCGCCUUCCUGGAGCGGGAAAACGCCACCCUCCGGCAGGAAGUGGCCGACAUGAGGAAGGAGCUAGGCCGCUGCAGAAACAUCAUCAACAAGUACGAGAGUCGGCAUGGAGACUUGUGAAGACGGAGGAGGACGACAAAAGAGGGGAAGGAUCUGGAGAGGAAGAGGAGUUGAGAGAAGGGUACGACCCAACAACAGCAGCACUUUAGUUGAAGUGACGAGGGGGCAAAGCCGGAGUAGAUCUGCAGUAAGCGCUGUGUGACACCAGGCGCAAACAUGGCCUGUUUGGUCCAGUUUUAGCAGGAUGCCACGACAAAAAAAGCGCAGUGAUGCCACUUUACCCCAGUUUGACUCUUCAUAUUUGCUGUUUCACUGAAUCCACACUCUGUACUGUACGGUCACACCGCAUCCGUCCCCUCCGACGCUGUGCUUGCGCCCGGUGUUGCACUGCGUUUUUUGCAGGUAGUGCAUUCUGACCUGCUGCUCUGGCCAGUUCAAACAGGGUGUUGAGUUCACAGUAUGCCAGUGAAAUGUCACUUUUUAAGCUCAAGGCAUGGACACAAGCCAGGAGAGAUCAGAGGUGUAAUUGUUUUAUGGGUUUUUUCUAUAACUAGUACAAAAAUCUUAUAUUUUUGAACUGGGCAGGAAGGUAGAACUAGUCCAGCAAAAUGGUGGGGGAGGAGGAUGAGGAAGAUGUGCAGGGUUUUCGUCCAGAACGCAAAGAGAUUUUGACAAAUGAUUACUGUAUAUUUUUCUAUUAGCAGAGAUAUUAAGGAGGAGGAUUUUAGAGACAAUCUUUUGUACAUUUUAUAUAUUGGGGAAGGGGCGGGGAUUUCAGCUGGACAGUCACGGGGCCACAUAUAACUCUUUUCCUCUCAGCUGAUUAUUGCUAGUAAACAAAAAGAUCUAUUUUCAAUGUUACGGAGCGGGUUAGUCAGAGGAAGAUGUGUAACAGAGAAUGUAUCAAGGUUGAAUCAGGUAUUUCACACAGACAAGGCGAGGUAACUCAGUAAUGAUUUUUUUUCUUUACGAGAAAGGGCGAUGGAAGCAUGACCAGAGGAAGAAACAAAACCUGUAUAGCUUAAAGAAACUUUAGUGUUUGUUUUUUUCCUUGUGAGCUCGGUUUGAGCACUUGAGUUGUUUUCUUCUACUUGAUUCUGUGUCUGACUUUUAAUAAUCACAGGGCUUUUUUUUUUGUCAAGGUGAAGGAGAAAAGGAAAAAAAAAAUAAUAACACAGGAAGUAAUUAGCCAUCCAAACAGCUGGAUGUGAGCAGAUGUUUGAGAGCAAAGAAAAAUAGAGCAGUGUUUUGCUGGCAGGUUUGCAUUUAAUUAGGAGAAGAGCUGCUCACGUGUAUUUUCUAUUUACUCCUCAGUCAUGUCCAGGAAAUGUGCUAACUGGUUUAGGGUUGUGACUGAAAAUGUCAGCAUGCAGACACAAACAAACACACCGACACGCCCAGUCCUCUCCCUUAUUUGAAUCUUUAUUGUUGUUGGUGAUGUUGUUAUGGACUUCUAUGGUGCUGACCUGAUCCUCCACCUGACAAACACACACACAAACAGACAAUAAUCAUAUUUACACAUAUGCAAACACACAUCUGAAACACAUUACUGAACUGCCUAUACAUUUUCUUUGUCUUUUAUUCUUAUUUUUAGUUCACAUUUUCUUUCUUUUAUUGUGUAUCGUAAUGAAAACUCCUAUAUAGAUUUACACACAAACACUUUAUCUAUACCUCUCCUUCAAACUUUACCCAAUGAGAAAGAGAAACGCACCCUACUGCUACUGUACCAUACAACUGUACUAUUAAAUAUUAAAGUAUUCACUAGAUAUAUAUAUGUGUAUACGAUAUAUGCUUGAAUUAUGUGAUUAUAGUUGUAACAUACAUAAUUGAAUAUAUUGCAGAAAAAAAACAAGAUUUCUCUCAGGUGUUUCUUUUUUUGUCUGAGGUAUAAAAUCUGUUUGACUAUGAUAAUAAAAACAGGAGCAAAAAAAAAUCUUUCAUCAAAAACCAGAUUUUUGGAGGGUUUAUUGGAAGAAAAAGUUGUAGUCUAAUGUUUAGUUGUUAUUUUAGUCCAGUUUAUAACCAACUCACUUCAAUAUUUCAGAGAAAGUUAAACAACAGGCCUCAGGACUUUUCACUAAUCCCCACAGUUACUGUUGCUCUGCCUGUCAAGCUCUGGAUUCAGGAAUGAAAUAAAGGCUUAAUAUGAAAGUUGACCAUGAGGUGCUGCUACUUUUUGUUGGUAAUCAUGAAAAAGAAAAGAAGACUAUAAUUUUUUUAUAUUAGUACUAGAAGAUGCACACUUUUUACCAUUGAUAUUUCUAGUGAUUAUGUUUUAGAUCCACCAUCUUAUCCAAAUAUUUGUUUCUGACUCCAAUAAAGCCCCGCUUGGUCAAAGCUCAAUGCUAACAUGCUAAAAUGCUAAUAUUGAAUCUCUUCCCACUGACACUUGACACUGAAUCAGCAUUUUAGCUAAAAAUAAAAAAGUUUUUCCUAUUUGUUUUAUAUUUAACUGUUAGCUGGGAAAUAAAUUCAAGACCUGGAUCUCAUUUUAAAGAGAAAUGUUUUGUUAAAAUAAGAAGGUUUCUCAUGUUUAAAUAUUGAAUGACAAUAAUAGCUUUAUUGUCUGAUUAAAGAUAUUAAAAUAUAUUAAACAUGAAUAAAAUAUUUCAGAUUAAGAAAGAAUCAAGAUAUUCUUUUACAUUUUCAUGUUAGUGAUACUGCCAUUAUCACCACCUUCAGGCACUCAAUCAGGUUUACAGCAAUUUCAUCUGUGCUGUUUUUUACAGUUUUUCUACAUUUUAUUCAGAUAUAGAAGAAAUUAGAAAAUUGUUUAUAUAGAUAAAAGUACAGUUAAUAUGGUGGAACCAGAUGGUAAUAAAAUUCUUCUAAUAUGAUAAUGAAAAAAUAGUUUGAAGUAGAAGGACAUUUUGGACAUUUUGUUUUGCUUCAACACUGACAUGCUAUUUCAAACUUUCGGAAUCAAAAAGUUACAGUCUUUCUAAAUGCACCACAAUGUGGUGCAUUAAGUCCAAAGCUUGACAGGCAUCUCGUUGUGGUCCAUUACACGCUAACAGAGGUAGGGAUGUUGUGAAUCAUUUUAGAACUGCCCAGUUCUUAUUUACACAUAGCAACUGUACCAUUUUUUUACCUGCUAUAUAGUCACAGUUGUAAUUAUUGCUGCUCUUGUAUUUCUUUUAAAUAGCUUCCUGCCUGUUUUCUUUAGGAGAUGUUGUGUUUUGAUUUUUGGCACAUCACCCUUUGAUUCCCAACAGCAGCUUUUAUUUAAUCUGCAGUGAGUAUGUGUAAACCUUUUUCUUGUCCUCUUUUUAAGGUAAUAUUUCUAGUCUGACACAAACUUUUGACUAUAAAUCCCCAUACAAAGGAAUCUCAAAGCUUCUUCCAAGUGCAUAUGAAAGUUUCUGUUCUUUCUUGAGAUAUCUGGGAUUUCUGAUUUCCUUUCACACACCUUUCAGAAACCUUUUGACAGUGCUAUUUUUCUAUGUAAUUGUGUUGUUGAGCGUGUUGCAAUUUUCUCUGGUGGGUGUUUGAGCCCCAGUUUUCACAUGGAGGCAGCAACAAUUUGCUGUUGUCGACAAUGCGGGUAAUACUGACAAUAAUGAUGAUAACAAUAAUGGACACAGCCUUGAUAUUUCUUCUCAACUUUGUGGAUUCUCAGCCAACUUCUCCUUGUCGUGAUUGACUGUUAUUAACUACAAGCGCAACUCCAGCCGGACUCCUCACUAGUAUUGUGCGCAGUCCACAGCGUUGAUGGCAUAUGUUGGUAUUUUUUUCUCCCUUCAGACACAAAUAAAGGCUAAUCCCUAUUCACUGACAAAA